CAAGUGUUCUGUAAGAGAAAAAAAAGAAUCCUUUGGCAACAUAACUGCGCUUACAUGUCAAGCGCGACGCAGUUGUCACGUACAGUAUGUCUGUGAUGGGGGACCAUGGGGUUCCUCUUUAAGACAUGUGCCUCUGACUAGUGUCUGGGCGCCUGCUGUCACCAUGCAGAAAUUAAAAAAAUAAUACACAUUCUAGAGACUUCCAUCUCUUUGCUGGAGCUUAAUUCGCGUCCUGAGCUGUGGUGCUUGUACCCGAUAAUUCAGCUCGCAGGGCUUGGAACAAAGGGAUUUUUGGGACACAGUGCCUGGAAUAGAGUGAUUGGUUCACCCAUCUGCCAAGAUGUCAAAGAGGCCCUCCUUUGCCCCUCCCCCUGCCCCAGCCCCCAUGGCGCAAACUCCCAACACACCCGGGUUUGUGGGGUACAACCCCUACAGCCACCUGGCCUACAACAACUACAGGCUGGGCGGGAACCCAGGCACCAACAGUCGGGUAACGACUAUACGAAAGGACAAACAUCAGCAGGAAGACAGCACAGGAACCCACUGUGUAUCAUAUAAUUCAUCUGGGAUUGCCAUCCCUAAACCACCCAAGCCGCCGGACAAGCCUCUCAUGCCUUACAUGAGAUAUAGUCGCAAGGUCUGGGACCAAGUAAAAGCCUCCAAUCCUGAUCUGAAGCUAUGGGAAAUUGGGAAGAUAAUCGGUGGCAUGUGGCGGGACCUCACUGAUGAGGAGAAACAGGAAUAUUUGAAUGACUACGAAGCAGAGAAGAUUGAGUACAAUGAGAGCAUGAAGGCCUACCACAACUCCCCGGCGUAUCUGGCCUACGUCAACGCCAAGAACCGAGCGGAGGCCGCCCUGGAGGAGGAGAGCCGGCAACGCCAGUCGCGCCUCGACAAGGGCGAGCCGUACCUCACCAUCCAGCCGGCCGAGGACCCCGAUGAUUACGACGACGGCUUUUCCAUGAAGCACUCGGCGGCGGCCCGCUUCCAGCGUAACCACCGGCUGAUCAGCGAGAUCCUGAGCGACAGCGUGGUGCCGGACGUGCGCUCCGUGGUCACCACCGCCCGCAUGCAGGUGCUGAAGAGGCAGGUGCAGUCGCUCAUGGUCCACCAGAGAAAACUGGAGGCUGAGCUCCUUCAGAUUGAGGAUCGUCACCAGCUGAAGAAGAGGAAAUUUCUGGAAGCAACCGAGGCAUUCACAAAUGAGCUCAAAAGGCUGUGCUGCAUGAAGGUCGAGGUAGACAUGGAGAAGAUCUCCACGGAGAUGGCGGCCGCGGAGGAGGCGUCCCGCAAGCGCCUUGCAGAGCGGGAGCGGGAGAGCUCCACCGGUGCUGGUGGUGCUGGUGGUGGUGGUGGUGGCGGCUGCAGCAGCAGCACCGAAGAGGGCUCCGAGCCUUCGGCCAGCCCGGCCUCCUCCAGCAAUGACAACACCACCACCACCACCACCAAGGCCCCCGCCCUGGCACCCGCUACCAAGCCCCAGCAGUGCCCUGCACACACCAGCAGCACCACCAGCAGCAGCAGCACUAAGGCACACCCACCACCGCAGCCCCAUGCGGAUGGUGCCAGCAGCAGCAAGAAAAAGAAGAAGAUGGAGAAGGAGAAGGAGAAGAAGGAGGAGGUGGUGGUGGGGAAGGAGAAAGAGGAGGUGGAGAGGGAGGAGGAGGAGGAGGAGGAGAAGGAGGCUCCUGUCAAAGAGGCCAAGCCCACAGACACUGGUGCAGUGGAAAAAUCCCAGAAGAGCCCAGAGGAGCCUGCAGCAGCAGCAGCAGCAGCAGGAGUGGCGGCAGCAACAGCAACAGCAACAGAGGCGGCAGCAACAACGGAAGGGGCGGGGGCAGGGGCAGCUGCCACACCAGCCCCCCCAGCAGCAGCAGCUGCAGCAGCAGCAUCAGCAACAGCAGCAGCAGCAGCAGCAGCAGCAGCAACAGCAGCAUCCUCCAGCAGCGAGGAGCGGGCUCCAGAGGACAAGGAGAGCAGCAACGUGGCCGAGGCAGCCAUGGAGGAGUGCACCAGCGACAGCAACACGGGCUCCGAGACCCCCUGCACCCCCACAGAGGAGUCCACCCCACAGCAGCAGCAGCAGCCCCCCGAAACGCCCUUCGAGGGUGGGUCCUCCUCCUCUUCCACCUCCACCUCCACCUCGGCGGGGGGGCGUGGCCAAAGAGAGUAGAGUAGAGUAAGAUGAUUCAAGCAACGUGCAUUUCCUGCAUCCACGUCAUGUCAUGUGAACGCACCUUUAGGACACCUGCGGUUAGGAGACCUUUUGGAGGCUUUAGGUUGAGAAUAAAUGGCCCUGUAGAUGGCGGUAGCGCACAUCUUAUGCAAACCGUCACCAAAUGCCACAGAAAGAGAAGAAGAAGGAGGGGACAACGCCCUCUUAGGAGACCAAACUUGAGCACAGUCCUUUGCAUUGGGUGGGCGGAGUUUGAAUCAUCUUACUCUACUAAGAGUAUUUUACAACAUGCGACCUUGCCUCCUCCACUUGUGCUUGUCUCCUCGUACCAGGAAGUAAUAUGUCAUGAUGACAUCACUGACCACAGCAUUAUAUUUCAAUAUCUUGCAAAAGCUCAAUUAUAAAGCCUUCUUCUGAUUUGCAAUUGGGAUGGUGAAUGAAAAACAGUCCCUCAAAAGCUGUUGUGGCUAGGCUGACAGCUGGGAAACUUAAUCAUUUUCUCUACGGAGGAGGGGCCAGGAGGUGGGGCGAGGAGACAAGCACAAGUGGAGGAGGCAAGGUCGCAUAUUGUAACGCACUCUAAGAAAAUCUUUGACGCGGCCCCAAGCACUGAAUGCUGAGACCCCGGGGCCACGCAGCUGGAGUCGAAUCCCCAUAUCACUGCUCAUGCACUCCACAAACAACCAGACCCUCCAGCAUCUUGGGAUGUUGUGAUUUGCAACUUCACCGCAACUUCAGCAAGCCCCCGGAGAAUUCCUGUGUAGUCAGUGCCGUGUUGCGAUUUUAACCAGUGACCGAAACUUUCCCGAAAAUGAACUACCUUUUUCUCAAUUGCACCAUGGAGAGAUUAGAGCUGUAUGCUUUCUUUCUCUGCUUCGCCGGUGACAAAGGCAAGACAAGGGGCUUAUUUUUGGGAAAGUUGCCGCGUGGGUGAAAAUGGCAACACUAUGAAGAACACACAUGAAGUUUUGUUGAAUUUGCGGUUGUGUUGAAGUUGCAAAAAGUCACAAAAAAUUCUGCGACUGAAUGCCUAAUCCCUUUUUGGGAAAAGGUGCCCUCAGUCUCUAAAAACCUUAAUAUCUCAGCCUCCAAAGCACAUAAAAAAUGAAAUGAAAUGAGUUGCAUUUAAAAGGUAGGACCUUCAUCCUUCAUUAGAAUGUGUUCAUUCAUCUCUAACAUCUCAAAUCUCAAGAGUCUGAAUGCACUCAUCCAUGCAGCUCCAGGCACCUGGGUUAAUGCUGCUCAUUAUAGGCAGUGUCAGGCUUAAAUGGGUUAAUUCUGGAGGGACUGAACAAACUGCUCCACAUCAAACCAUGGGUGGGUUCUCAACAGAGGCAGACCAACUGGAUUGAGAAAGUGAGAGUCACUGCCAUGUACCGUAUUUCAGUGCUAUUCAACUUCAAGAGGGCCAAACGGUAAAAUCACUGGGGAUUUUCGGAGGCCGGACAACGUAAAACAACACAAAAAUAAUCCAUUGAACUACAUUAAUUUUUUCGUCUUUAUUACCUUUAUUCCAUUCGCCUGUGCCCUCAACAGAUUAUUUCACUGAUUUGCUGAUCUUACUUGGAGCAAGUAUGUGGCAGGACUUAAACGUUCUGAACCCAGACUGUCCAUUUCUGAAACCUCUAGCCACCGUCCAGUCGGUGGUCAACACACCCUGUCAUCCGAGCCAAUCAUAUCUUUUAAAUGCGGGUCCAGCAGCCAAUCAUAUCUUGAAGCUGGCCCUGCAUCUCCAAGCUGAGCCAUCACUUAGUCACCUAUCUACCUGCCCGUCCGUCCACCCUUACCCAUCCACAUGCAUCCUUCCAUUUAUCCAUUCGUCCAUCCAUCUCUGUCACUAUUGCACUUAUCCGUACCAAAAUGAAAUGACAAAACAAAACAAACAAAAAAAAGAAAAUAUGUAUGCGUACAAAAAUCUGCAUAUCAGUGUUAUGUUGUUGUAAUGUUUUUUGAAAUGAUGGACUUUGUGUUCUUGCACAAUCGACAACACACAUUAUGACCUCUCUGGACGUACAGUAGCUUAGCGAUCCGCUCAGGGCUGCGUUUCUCGACAACAUCAUUGCUAACUUAUUUAGCAUCGUACUUGGUUGGUACGUGAUUUCCAUCGGCAACCUACUAAGUUGCUAAUAGGUUUAGCAGCGAUGCUUUCAGAUCACGGGGCCCUGUUCCACCCCGCAAUGUGUUGUGUGCUGGCUUUUAUCGUGAAUGGUUGAAGUGGAAUUUGCAUGGGGCUAUGAAUGACUUUUGACUGGAAUAUGGUACUUAUUAUUAUAGUUAUAUACGUAUGAUUUUUUGAAAAUUGAACAUUUUAAACAAUCGCAGUUGUGUUUUAGAAGUUGCUAAUUGUUGUGCUAUUACAAGCCACAGAAGUCAUUUCACACCGCCAUGGGAAGGCACAUCAGCUAAAAUGAGAUUUCGAAAAUAUCGACUGUGUCAUGCCAUGCAGUGUUCAUUUGCUGCUGCCUGUAUGCAUGCUGUUUGUUUUCUAUGGUGGUCUUUCAAAGAAAAUGUCAUGUUGACCACAAUCUUUCAAUCUCCAUGUUGUGGCAGCAGAAACAAGCAAGCUACUCAGACUCUGUACAGGCCGUAUCUCAAAGUCAAGGAUCCUGGCCCUGCUAGGACCUGAAACGCCCAGUGAUUGGAUACUCUUAAGUGAACUCCGCGGAGUAUCCAAUCACUGGGCUUUUUCACGCCCUAGCAAGGCCAGGAUCCUUAACAUAGAGAAACAGCCAUUAUCUUCCCUUGAUUGUGCAUGCAAAUUCCAACUGAGCCCCUAGAAACAAGAUGGAGCCCAAAAAAGAGACCUCGUGGGGUUUCCUUUCAGGGAGUCUGUGCAAAUGUGAAGACAAACGUGCCACGCACUCCCUCACUCUCAGAAGACAUCAAAGUGCUCUUGCUUUGAGGCCCAGGCAGCCUGAUCAGUGUUGCCAGAUGUGUCUGAUCAAAUCCCUCCCAAAAGGUGCUCAAAAGCCACCAAGAUGCGCUAAAUUCCGCCCAAUUUCAUCAAAUUUCAUUGAUUUCUAUAGGCAUAAAACUGCAGAAAAAAAGGCCAAAUGGCCGAUUUUUCCCAUUUUUACCCGCAGACGGCCAUCCCAAACAGCUCAAUUGGGCGGGUAACUGUCCAAUCUGGCAACACGGAGCCUGAUAACAAGAUCUCUCAUGAACUGAAUUCCGCAGAAAUGUUCUCUCCACUCUACCGCUGUUCUCGUGAUCUAUCUCUUCCUUUGUACCUUCUCCUAGUUUUUUUUUUUUUUUUUUUACAAAAACAAGUAGCUUAAAGACAGAAGAAGAACCAGCAGAGGAAAGCAGUGUAACAGUAUUUAGACUCCUGGAAUGUGUUGUUAUGCCCUUUGUACCAGUAUUAUGUGUUUUUGCCGUCGUCUCGGGAGUUUGUAUUUAGUCCUUUCUGUGUGUUAUUUAUUGUCGCUUUCGCUUUCAUAGGUUGCUUCCGACCCCCACCCCGUGCCCUUUGCAGCCCUUUAGCCCAGGGAUGGGCAACUGGAGGCCCGGGGGCCACAUGCGGCCAGCCUGCUCACUCAGGGUGGCCCCUAGAUAAAACAUAAUUAAAGAAAUAAGUAUAUAAUGACCAGAUUUUUCAAAACAUUUUUCCAUCGUAAUUCUAUUGUUGGCCGAUAGAGAAAACUCCCAUUACUUCCAAACAAAUAUUGGCAGUCAGAGAGCAACCGACUGCACAUCGAGCUCUGUGAGUUGCAGUCCGAUCCCUGGUCAUGUGGCCCUCCGAUGGUGGCGAUGACAAAAUGUGGCCCUCCUUGUCAUGAAAGUUGCCCAUCCCCGCCUUAGCCUGUAGCUUUAGUUCCCUUGCCAAGGCAGUCGUCCAGGUGCAGUGUAGUGCCGUACCGCUAAUGCUAGGUAACGCCGUAGUGCAGUGCCGUGUGAAGCUGCUUGCUAGCUAGAUUAGGCCAUCUCGAUCUGUUCUCCAAACCUCAGGCAUCUGCUUAUGAGGUUGCACAUCAGGGGCCUAUACUAAGAAGCUGGUUCAGUAGUAAAUACAGGCUUAGUUAUCCUACAGGAAGUGGUAAACCUGCUGAUAGAUGUACCUGCAAGCAUCAUUUAGUCA